AACAUUCGUCACACACGCAACUGCACAGACCGUCCACAACGAUACAGUGCCGCUGCCAUUCUAGUUCUGCUGUCGUUAGUCCAAUAGGCCUGGAUGUAACCUGUACGGUGUUGAUAUCUAUGGAGUGGAUUUAUACGAUGUGAAUAAUGAUAUCUAUGGAGUGGAUUUAACUGUAUGUUUGUUUGGCAUUUGAUUUUCACAGAUGCGCAUGACUCUUCUCAAGCCAGUGUGGUUUAUUGUUUUAUUCCAAGUUCUCCUGGAAGCAACCUGUCAAACGACGUGCCCCGCCGAGCAACUAAGCGGCCUGGCCUGGCCCGAGUCCGACUCCGGACGGAAUGUCUCCGUACAGUGCGCCCCUGGCGAGCCAGGUACGGCGGUGCGACUAUGCGGAGCCGACAAUGCGUGGGGACCAGUUGACUACACUGGUUGCUCUCUCCAGUCCCUCGUGGAUCUCUAUGCCAAGGUUUCAAAUGCCAGUAGCACCGUCACCGGGGAUCUAGCGACAUCGGUCAGCGAGUUAGCCACGGGCACCAUGCCGGCAAGCAUCGCGUACUCCGGGCAGCUAGCGCUGGCCACAAACAUCAUACUGGAGGUUUUUACCAAGAAGGACCUUACUGGGCUUACAGUAGAUGCAGCGGAUACCUACAUACAGAAUAUGUUGGCCUCAGUUGACAAUCUACUGGAUUCUGGGAGCUUUGUAACCUCGUGGGCAAACAUUCACCAGUACAAAGAUGCCGACUUGUUCUUGAGGUUCAUGGAGGGUUUUGAAAACUACGGGGACGUGAUAACCUCCUACCUGGACGACAGGGGACACGCCUCUCUGACCUUGAAAUCCACCACUAACUACCAGUCAAUCUAUGAGGUGGUGACAGGCGGUCAGCAGCUAGUUCACGAAUUUAGCGAUUACUCCACUAAAGUUACUAUUCCAGGGACGGUACUCGCAAAACAAGUAGGUUCCACGAGGAAUACCAGCGUUGCAACUUUGGUCUUCGCCUCAACAAUUCUAGGCCUGUUUCCUUCACAGUCGCAAAACUCCAAGAUCCGCAUUGACACCCAGAACAUCAGUUCGGUUCUGGUUUCCUGCAGUGUAUUCCCCACCCCGACCACCGACACCUUCGCCGACAGCGUGUCGAUACAGAUGAAGAACGACCCCGUGCUGCCCAAUUCCACCUGUUCAUUCUUGACAUACAGCAAUCCCAAGCGUGUCUGGAAAGAGGACCUACAAGGAUGCCAGAAGCCGGUCUUCAACGACGAUGGCACGGUGACAUGUCAUUGUACCCAUCUGACGACAUUUGCCGUUAUAGGCAAGUACAACACGAGAGGGAAGCUACCAAAUGUCCUUCUGGCUUCGAUGGUUUUAUACUUGGUUCUGAUAGCAGCGACCUUUUGCCUUCUACUUUAUGCAAAUAGAACAUUUGAAUCAGAUCGUGCCUCAAUAGUGCUGUGUUUCCUAGCAACCCUUUUAACCGGUCAUAUAACGCUUGUUGCAGGAGUCUACGCAAUAGAUAACAUGGAUGCCUGCCGCGCAGUAGCCUUACUCCUCCAUUACUUUCAGCUGUCUUACUCCUUCUGGAUGCUGGCCCAAGCUGUGCAAAUAGUGCUCAAGAUGACGUACAAGACGACAGAAUCCGGCACAGUUGCUCAGUUUUUAGCCCUGGGGUGGAUCACACCGUUGUUUGUCGUUGCCGGCACAGCAGGGAUUUAUGUUGAAAGCUACGGCCGAGGCAACUACUGUGCACUUCCCCUUGGUUCGGGAAUUUCGUAUGCAAUCAUUACCCCCGUGGCACUAAUUGGAUUCACAAAUUUUGUAUGCUUAUUCUACGCAUUUUACUGCUACUACGGUUUAAAGAAAACAGACAAAAAGUGCCUUGGCUACAUGAGCAGAAUCUUACCCAACAUCCGUGCAUGCUUGAUAGUUCUCCCACUCGAGAUCUGCGAGUGGGUAUUUUCCGCCUUGUCCAUUGAGUACGAGGAUGUCAUCUUUGAUGUCUUCUGGAUACUCUCUGCUCUAGCAAUGAGUAUACUCAUUCUGCUCUUCUACGGGAUUAGCAGUUCGGAGGUUGUGGAGGAAUAUGAGAAGCAUUUUGGACCCUGCUGCUGGCAGCACAAGAAGAGCUCGGCGGUCAGGGACUCGCCCCGGCCGGGCUGGCGAGACGAGAUCAGCCAGAUCAGCCAGUACCGGGAGGCCAGCUCCAUCCUGAGAGACAUGGACAGCACGGCCACAGUGACGGGCGCAAACGGCACCACCACUGACGGCCGAGGAGGCAGCAGCGCCGUGGCGGGCUGCAGCGGCAUCAACAACGGCGGGCUGGAAGUGGAUGACGUGCUAGCUCAUGGCCGAGAGCUCAACGACGUCUCUGGCUCCAACCACCUAGCGUCCAGCCUCUCCUCCUCCUUCAUGUUAAAGACCAAACUCAAGGUGUUCCCACUCCGCAAGAGCCAACAGCCCCCGUCCACGGGGGCCCAGUCACCGUCGGCCGCCAGGCAGGGCCUGGACAACCACAGAUGACAAACAUUCGACACCUCGUCAGCGCCGCGCUCCGUUACCAACCAUGCUCCAAAGAGGGCGCCGUCACCCUCGUCGUCGCCAUCGUUAUCAACAGUGCCACCAAAGACGGUGUCCUUCCAGCUGCAGCCAAUCAUCAUCCAGGAAAGGGAGAACGUCAAGACCGAGGUGUCUGUUUAUGCAAAUCUAUAGAUUUUUUUUGGGGGGGGGAGGGGGACGCCCGGACCCGAAUAAGAAAAGAUUGACUCAAUUCAUGACAGUACCUUUUUUGCCUCAUUGAUUUUAUGUCCCUCUAAUUUUUUUCCCCUGUAAUUUGUUAUCAUUCCUAACUCAAACUGUAACGGAAGUUUUUCAUGAGCCACAACGUAGCAUUUCCACAUCAACAUUGGAACGGCUUGCAAGAACUCAACAGCUUUGAGGUUCUAGAACUUUCGUGUGCAUUCUACAAUGGUCAUUCUAUGUAUGUAAAUGGAAAAUGGUACAUUGUUACAUCCACUAGACACUUUGAAAACAAUUUACAAGGAAAAUAAUAACCGUGGAAACACGAGUCAACAAGUAACAAGAACUAUGAGUGUUUAUGAAACAUCGGCGGCGUCUCUGGGUUCGGCUUAAGAUUUGAGGCCCCUUGUGGUUCAAUAUUGGUCAAUAUUCUGCUUCAGGGUGUUAUACCCUUUAACAUACAUUGGUGUGAAAGUUUAGAGAAAUUCUUAUUGGUUUGAAUAUUAAAGGCUUCUCGAUGCUUCUGAAGACAGAGAUGAAGACAGAGCUGGAAACGAAACCAGUGUUUCAAAAAUACCUCUUAUAUCUCAAGCUCAUAUCACCCGCAACUUGAUUCAAUCCCUGUGCAGAAUAAAAAUGUAUAUGUACAUUAUCAAAAAGCAAACCUGUAUAUAUUGCAUCCAUUGAUUGAUACAAAAAUUAUUUUUGUAUGACAUGUUGUUUUCCAUCAAUUUUAAUUGUUGUUUUGACGAAGUCAGUGCAGUGUUUGUGGUAUUUGUUUUUCACUUUGGCACUUCAUUCUGCACACUAAAAAAAACAAAAUUGUUUUAAAUGGGUUCAUUAUUCAAAUGAAAUAUACAUGCACACUGAACAAUGAAGAAAUUAGAAAAUCGGUUAAGUAAAUAAAAUAUAUUUUUUGGGACUUGAGUUACAGAGCUCGUAUCAGGAGCUUGCGACACCAUCACGGUGUCUUGGUCAACCGGCGUUGUUGCGGCCCUCACGUGACCCACAUGUGACCCGUGCACGUGACCAAGCUUAAGGCACAUGACAGGAGGCGGUCGUACACGUGGGCCAGCUCGUACCCUCCAUCUCUGUUCAUAUGGGGCGGUGCCUGCGGAUUUCCACAGCUUCUCGGAUUUUGCGUGUAUAGACGUCAUCCUCCCUGGCGAUGAUCUUAGCAUUGUCCACAGAGAUGUUAUGUCCUGGGGUGGAUAUAUGUUCACCAACUGCUGUCGGGGGGGGGGGG